AUGGCUUUACUUGGAAGUAACAGCACGAAUGACAACGAAACUAUUCACAUGGUUUUUGGAUUCAACUUACCAUGGUGGCAACAGUUUAUCUUUAUUACCGCUUUUUCGUUGUUGUUCAUCGUCGCCGCGGCGGGAAAUAUCAUCGUCAUUUGGAUUGUUAUGGCGCACAAACGAAUGCGAACAGUGACAAAUUACUUCCUGGUGAACUUAGCUAUUGCGGACACUCUUAUCUCUGUCCUGAACACAUUGUUCACGUUUACCUAUUGUUUGUACCAGGACUGGUGGUACGGAGACGCUUAUUGUCGAUUUACACUAUUCAUCAGUCUAUGUACAGUGACCGCCAGUGUCCUCACAUUCAUGGCCAUCGCAAUCGACAGAUACAUGGCUAUCAUACACCCACUUCGGCCACGUAAGACGGGUCGCGUGGUGCUCGCUAUCUGUAUCAUCUGGGGCGUGUCCACAUUCCUCUCGAUACCAAAUCUCAUAUAUGGAAACACGGAAGUGAAAGAUUUCGGCAAUAUCUCAAUCACCAUGUGCUUUAUUCAAUGGCCUGAUGGCAAUGCUACCACAGGAAGUAGAACUGAUUUUGCAUACAACGUACUCAUCAUUCUCGUGACAUACCUGUUGCCUAUGACGACACUGGCAGUGACGUAUUCACGGAUAGGUGUGGAGCUAUGGGGAAGUCGUGCUAUCGGAGAGAACACACCGGUACAGUACGAACGCAUCAAGUCCAAGCGCAAGGUGGUGAAGAUGAUGGUGGUUGUGGUGGUGAUAUUUGGGAUAUGCUGGGUCCCUUAUCACUUGUACUUUAUAUUCGCGUCCUAUACAGAGAUUGAGCUCUAUAACAAUGUUCAGCAGGUCUACCUGAUUAUUUACUGGCUGGCUAUGAGUAAUUCCAUGUACAAUCCACUCAUCUACUGCUGGAUGAAUGCUAAAUUCCGUCAGGGUUUCAUCCGGGUGUUUUGUUGUUGUCCAUGUGCCCCAUGUAAGCGCGCGCGAAACACGAUACGUCAUGGGCGAACACUGUUUCCUGCAGGACAAUAUACAACCACCGAAAAAUAUGACCGUAAUGGGUCCAUGAUGCAUACGAUGACAGAGUAUGUGGACGAUCACAACAGUGCUGUGACGAGAAAAGACAAGAAAGGCAGGCGGGACAGUGAUGAUUACCUGUAA